CCCACAACGUAUACGUUUUGACAGUAGUAAUAAUAUCUCAGAUUAACGAAAUCAGAGCAAGAAAAUUGAUGAGAGAAUUCAUGUUUGGUAUUAAAGAUAAUUUAAGACCAUGCACAGAAUUUAAUGAAAGCAUAUAUUACAAAUUUUUGGUAAAACCUUAUCAGGAAAUUAAUUAUAGCAAUAGGUUAUUGAAAGAUUUUAAAGCGGAAAGUAUAGAAUUUGAUGAUAUCGAAGAGUUUUCUAAUAUAUCCGAGAAUAAUUGGCAGAAAACGGUACUUACUUGGAUCAAAUCGCUUGAAUUAAAAAAAAUUACAUAUGAUUAUGUAGUAAUUAUCGAUGAACACACUGUGAUAAACCUUAAAGAACUCCAGAAAACUCUAGAUUCAUUUAGGGAUGGUAACGAUUCAUUCGUAAUUAAUGAUAAUACCUUGACACCUAAACAGAAAUUUAAUUUAGUUUGGGGUCACUUUGAUAUUCAAACAGCUGACGACAUGCUAAUAAUUCUUGAAACAUUCCCUAAUCACAUAUCGUUGGCUUAUUAUUAUUUCAAAGACGAAAAUCCUACGAAUGAAAACAAUUUAUUUUUCAUUAAUGAUCAAAUAGAAAUAAUAGAAUGGCCAAAUUCUGUCAAAUAUGUUCCAACAGAAAAAACAAUAGGAGUUGGUCACGUAUACCUAGGAAGUGAUGUAAAAGAUUUAAUAGCACACUUAUCAAUUACCCAAUAUAAAAUAUGUCAUUCUAUUAUACGUGAAAAUGGAAAAUUAUCAAUAGCAAUUGUAACAAGUAGUUUCAUAUAUAAUGACAUGUGCAUGUAUCCCAUAGCAUAUAAUGUGACAGAUAAUAAACGUAGAUAUGCCAAAAAGCAUGGAUACUCAUUUGUACCACGCUCUGAAGAAUACUAUCAACAAAUAUAUAAAGAACGAGAAAAAGUCUGGAGAAAGAUUGAUGUUAUUGAGAAGGUUUUACCUCACUAUGAUUGGGUUUUCUGGUUAGAUAUGGACGCUGUCAUCGCGAAUCAAAAUAUUUCCAUCGAACAAUUGUUUGAAAAAUUUAAAAAAAAAGUCGGAAAAGGGAGAUUUAAUGAUAUUAAUUUUGUGAUUGUUAGGCCUAGAAAUGACGUAAUGAUAAAUGCGGGUGUUUUUUUAAUUAAAAAUUCUGAAUGGAGUGAAAAUUUUUAA